AAAGAAAAAGAAAAGGAAAGGUAAAUCGUUGAAGCGGUAAUCAAAUUUCUGGUGGAGACCCCGAUCCGAUAGUCGCGUUUGAACGAGGAAGGAGAGAGAGGGAGAGGUCGAAGAGAGAGUGAGAGGUGGAAGAGAUCUACCGCGACGCGGCGUUUUUUCUGAAGGAGAUGAGGAAGAAGCUCGGUACUCGAUUCCCUGCGGCACGAAUAAAGAAGAUAAUGCAAGCAGAUGAGGAUGUUGGCAAGAUUGCAUUAGCUGUGCCUCUCUUAGUUUCAAAAGCAUUGGAGUUAUUUCUGCAAGAUCUUUGUGACAGGACUUACGAAAUUACUCUUCAAAGUGGGGCAAAGACACUGAAUUCUUUGCACUUAAAGCAAUGUGUAAAGAUGUAUAGUGCUUUUGAUUUCUUGACUGAUGUCGUCAACAAGGUACCUAACAUUGGUGGCACAGAACCUUGUGGAGAUGAAAAAGGGAUAUCCAGGAGAAGAAAGACACUCUCACAUGAUCGUAACUUGGAUGACAAUGAUGAAUCAAGAUCCACCAAAAUGGCAAUGAGAACUUCUGAGAUAAGUCCAAGAGGCCGGGGCCGGGGCCGAGGAAGAGGUCGAGGGCGGCCUCCUACGAGGGCGAGAGAAAUCGGAUAUGUGAAGUGUGAUGAUGAGAGUAGCAUAUUUGCCGAACACGCUGCUGAGUUCUGCUCUGAGCAUGCAGCUGAUGGUUCAGAGAAGAACACGGGUGGCGAUGAGAAGAUUAUUCAGAGCGCACAUCCCUUAGGCAACAACCCUGCUUCCGACGCAUCUGCAGGUGCAAAUGUAGAAGCAGUGGAGCCUAACCACGGAGAGUGUUCUGCUUGGCCUUUACCAGAUGUAGCAGCAAACAUCGGUGUAGAACCUUCCAGGUUUGUACAGCUGACGAUGCAGAUAGACGAGGAUGAGGAUUAUGACAAUGAAGAUUAAAAGAUGCUAAAUUAAAUUAGCUACUAACUCGGCAGUCAUUGCUUGCUCUGUAAUUAAUUUCAAACUGUGACUGCAUCUCUCAUGAAAUCUAGCUAGGAUUUUUUUCUUUCUUUCUAAAUGAAACCUCUGAAUCUCAGAGCGCUCUCUAUGUUGUUUGUGUGCCCCUCUGUUGAAUUAAUCUGAUGGUAUUUGGUGCGGUGUUCAAGCAGCCUCAAUCUUUCUUUU